AUGAUGUUCACAGCCGCUCCGACCAUGCGCCUCGAAGGCAAGGGCUUUUCCGCAAGCCCCGCCUCCACCAGGGCAGGCAGCAGCUCGCCCCCUGUCCCGACUGUUCCGGCUGCAUUCUUCGCGCCGUACCAGCCGCCUGCAUCCGGAACGUGCCGCGGCUAUGACGAGAGCUCCCCGGGCUCCCAGGAGUGCUUGGUGAGUGUGGCAGGUGACGACAUGCUCGCCACGCGCCCCUUGAAGCCCACCGGGAUCAGCCCACCACCAGGCCUGGAGCACUUGGGCUCACCAGUGCGCUCCCCAGCCCUGUCAGAAGCCGAAGCCAGGCCCAAUUUAGAGCCUCUCCUUCCCUUCCCCACCCCCCCGGCCUAUCGGCCACAGGUUGCCGAUAGGCCGAUGAUCCCACCGCCCCCCAGCACGCAACCGCGCCUGCGGACGGUCCCACCCCCUCCUUCGGCUCCAGCACCGGAGAUCAUGUCGCAGGAGGCGUUCCGAACUCCUCCCCCUGCUCCGCGUGAAGAGCCUUGCUUGCGUUUAGCGCUCUCCACCUACCUGCUUCGCGAGAGCGAAGCGGCAGCCGGGCAGCAUGACGACUGCAAGCCAUGCGCCUUCUUCCACACCAAAGGAUGCCCCUGGGAUGCAGGAUCAAAGCUGGUGCCCUCAACGUGUCUCUGA